GCUGUGGCAUAAUCGCACAUUUAGCUAUUCAGCCACACUCACUUGAAAAAGUGAAAGGACAAUGCGUUAUACUCAACCCUUUGAGCUCAGAGAAAUUUAAUGGUCUUUAACGGGAAGAUAUGGAUGCGUUUGACAACGUCACGCCAGCGAAAGCGGAGCCUGCAACUUUGACGUUUUCUACCGAUCAGGUAGCCUGUGUCUGCGAUGCGCUGAGGCAAUCAGGAGAUAUCGAGAGGUUAGCUCGAUUUCUUUGGUCACUCCCACCGAAUGAGCUUCUAAGCGGAACGGAGAGUGUGCUAAAAGCAAGAGCUUUCGUCGCGUUUCACCGUGGAAGGUUCCGCGAAGUGUACACGAUACUCGAAGGCCAUGAAUUUGAUCCGUCUUCGCAUGAAAUGCUGCAGAACAUGUGGUAUAAAGCUCAUUACUGCGAGGCCGAGAAGUUGCGAGGACGAGAGUUAGGAGCUGUGGACAAAUAUAGGAUAAGACGAAAGUAUCCACUUCCUCGGACUAUUUGGGACGGCGAGGAAACAGUGUACUGUUUUAAGGAAAAAUCAAGGCAGCUACUGAAGCAAUGUUACGAGCAAAAUCGCUAUCCUACCCCGCACGAGAAGCGCCUCAUCGCCAAACAGACCGGAUUAACUUUGAAGCAAGUGAGUAAUUGGUUCAAAAAUAGAAGACAGCGCGACAGAAUUCCCUCGAACAAAAGUGACGACUCACUAAGGAAGAGCAUAGAUACUUUGGCGCCUGAUUCUCCGAAUGGAGGUGUGGAUGAAACACUAUUGAGUGGGAAUGUCGAGUCUGAGGAUGAUGAUAUUGCCCCGCCAUUGACGAAAACCGAACAAGAAUUAUUGAACAACUGUCUGUAUCCGUCCGCGAAUCUCAACGGACCAGGAGAGGCGGUUCAACUUGUAUGCGUAGAAAUGCCGAGCGAAGAAGUAAUUGUUGUGAAGAAGGAGCAAUUUUAAUGUUAGAAAAUUGAGAAACUCAUGCAUGAUGUAAACUUCAAACUAUGAAAUGGCAAAGAACAUGCGCUCAGAUUUGUCGGUGAUUUCGGGGGACAAUGGAAUUUGGAUUGAACACAGACCAAGUUUUGUAUAAUUAAUUUGUUAUGAAGGAAUUUCAGACUCAAAAGUUGUGUUAGAAGCAACCCAAGGUCAUUAACUCAAAUUGCGCCAAAAACGAGUUUUCUAUCGUGUUAUUAUUGUACAAGAUGCGUGGUGUUAUUUUAUAGUGACUCGAAUGACAGGAGACAGAGAUAUGUCGAUCGUGUUGUUAUUCGAUCUUCAGGUGGGAAAGAUCGAAAGAAGAAAUGAGCAGUCCUCUAUCUCGGCUGUAUGCGUGGAGCCAGCUUGGCGACGAGAGAGGCUCGCAUGAUUUUCAUUUUCGCUCGCUAACUUUGGAUUCCCCUCGUUGACUGAGAAGCUGUAAAGAAGGACUGCUCAUGUCUGUGUUAGAUGGGUGGCGGGCGACAUAGAGACAUAUCAUAACAGAACGCUUUUCAUCAGAUUCUAAGUGCAUAUCAGUCAUAUGUUUAUCUUUGUUCGAAACACUAUACGGCACUGAAGGUGAUUAGUGGUAAAGACCUUUCGCGAGGUAGUGUGAAACGUGAUCGGUUAUCCUUGGUUUUAUUAAUCGAUUUCCGUUGCCAGUGACAGUUACAUUCCAUCGGCAUUGCAGCGUCCACAAACGACGUCUACAAAACAUUGAUGAAAUUUUAAUGUAAUAAUCUUUUGAUGAGAAAAUAAUGUUCACAAUGAAAUGUUCGCUCCAGUUUUAAUAGAACUACGGAACUAGCAAAUGAUCCCAUACGGAGUGUGAAGGAGCAAUUGAGAAAUGUUGUAAUCCUUUGGUAAAAAGCGUAAAAAAAAGCAACAAACAAACAAAGCUGUCUUCUCGCACGUUUAUUUCU